AGGCGUCCAGUUGAUAUAGAGGAUGUCUCUGCUAUUACACUAGAUGAAGCUAUGCAAAGAUCUGAUGUUAAUGCUUUGAUUAUUAGCACAGAACCUUGUCUUCAUGAGGAUUACGUCAGGUAUUUGUUACAUCUAAAAAAUCAGAUUUGCUUUUGAAUAAAUUACAUUUCAGAAUUCCAGUACAAGUAGUGAUGAAGUACUGUGAUUAUCUGUUUUGUUGGAAUAUGUUGCGUUAAAGUUGACAAUUUAAAAGAAUCAAGGUGAUCUUUAUCUGGUAUUGAAAAAAAAAUGUAAUUUAAGAUCAAUUCAAUACAAAUUUCAGCAGAUACUGCAAUAGAUCAAUGAUACAGGUGAGAUACCACUCAUCUAGAAGACAGUAACUAUAACCUUAUUGCCAAAAAGAGGAACUAUUUGAACUGAAAAGGCGUUAACCUCCAAUCAUUCACUAGGAAAUAUUACUUGGUGCAUUAUACUUAAUUAUAGUACAGUGAAUCACAACAGUUGUAGAGAAAAUACUCAGACUGAAACUAAGGCUGUCCUUAGGAAUGAACAGUUGUGUUCACAUCUUCUUUAAAUGCAAAUCCUAGUGUGGAACCAUGAAUGAAAUGCAAAUCUUUACCGGUACAUUGGAUUUGUUGACUUUGAGAUAGCCUUUAGAAGAUUCUAAGAGACCAUGGCAUUCUUCAACAGGAUGAGCAUUAUUAAAUAUCUAGGGAGAAAGUCUACAAUUUAUGUUGCCCAUGACAGGGAAAUCAAUGUUAUGCUCAGCAUGGCAAAUCAGAAAUUUGAAAUGUUGACAUCCAUAAGGAGAUGGAAAACCCAAGCAUCCACACCAAAAUCAGAAUUAAAAAAAAAAAAAAUUAGAUUGAUCUUUUCUAUGAAUUAGAGUGCUGGAAGACCAAAAGCUCACCAGGAUGGGAGCUUGAAGUUUACCAAAACAAAAUCAUAUGUUGGAUCCAUAGAUAGUUCUGCCCAAUGACAAUCUCCAAAGAAGAAUAGGAAACUCAAUAGAGUGAAACUUUUAAAAGUAUUGUACCAGCUCGUAGCUGGUAAUGGUUUAGUUGUGUUUGUUGACAGCCAGGGUGAGCAAAACAGCUGAAGAUUAUUGGAGCAGAACAAGAGAGAAAGGUCUUUGGAAUAGAAAUCUUACCCUUUUGACAGGUGCCAUAGAAGCAGCCAAUUGAUUAAAGCCGUGAAUUCUGACAGUUGCCUUUAGCACUAAUUGGCACACAUGGACCAUUAUGAAUGAUGCACAAAAAGUUGAUUGUGUGAUAAUGUGACCUUGCUUGGUAAAAAUGCUUUGUCAGUUUUUUAUAAACUGAAAAAUAACAGUCAUAAAUAAAUUAUAACACUUAGCACCCUGUACAUGCAAGUUUAAUAUUGGUAUUAUAUGUACAUUAAUACCUUACAUCGCUCGUACUAAUUAUUAGUGAAUUUUUAAAGUAAUGCAUGAAAUCAAGAGACAUGUUGAUAAACCAAAAUAAAAUAAUGUUAAUAAACAAAAUCGUAUUUCUAAUUUUUACACACAUAUACACAUACAAUUUUAUAUAUAUGUAUAUAUAUAUAAGACCUGUUUACUCAUACAAUUUUGGCAUAAUAUGUAUGAUUUUUAGAUGUCUUUUAUGAUUGUGAGCCAAGACCUGUCAGAACUACAAUUUUAAGAGAAAAUAUAUACAUUCCGUUAGUUUUUCAGAUUAAAAAAAAAGUAAAUUUUAGCUCUUUUCUACAUCGAGAAAUGGAUCGAGAAGAACUAUUAGUUGGGGACCAUCCAUAAAUUAUGUUUGCCCUGAGAGGGGAAGGGGGUGGUGUUGAUUUAGAAGAUUUUGUGUACAGGGGUGAGGGUGGGGCGUGUCUAAACAUUUAAUUCUAUAAAAUGAUGUAAUGAUGCUGAUAAUUUUCAUAUUGUUGCUGUGUUUUCAUAAUGAACUCACCAGACACAGCAACAGUAAUAUUAGCGUAGUCGCCCUAGUGACAAUUUUAAUCAAUCCUCAUUUAUGUUUGCUUCAGUCCUGUUUGACGCAAUUUUAUGACACAAUUAUGUCAUUUGGCUGAACCGUGAGGAAUUAAAAAUGGAGAAAACAAAUGGUUUUAAAAAAAAAAAAAGGUAAUGCAAUCUUAACGGUUCUGCACAGCAUUAUUAGAUGACACAUAUUUUAUAGGACAUGAGAGGGCCUUGCCUUUGAGAUCUAGUUUUAGAACACACAUACACACACGCAUAUAUAUUGCCAUUCCAGGAUUGGCCUAGGGAGUCAUUCAUUGAAGUGUACAUAGCUACCUCAUUGUCUCGUGAUGACAGAAGGAUGUCAUAUACAUAAAAAUAUAUGUUUAUUUACUAUUAAGAGAAUGCAUUGUACAAUUUUGAGGAAAAAUUAUACGAUUUAAGAGUUCCAAGUAAGCAGGUCUGUUUAUAUUAAUAUCAAAUAAAAGUAUGUUAUAUAUUAAAAAAAUACAUUUUAAAAUUUUAAUAUUGUUUUUUUCAAAACAGGAGAGGUCUUGAGAGUAACAAACAUGUUUUAGUGGAGUAUCCAGUUGCUUUGUCUUCAAAGGUUGCUAAGCAGCUUUAUCAGCUUGCAGAGGAAAAAAGUGAUUAUAUUGACUUAUUUUCUGUUAAACAUUCUUCCUUAAAAAUUAAUUGUAGUUCAGCAUCAUAUUAGAGUUCAGUAUUAUAUUAGAGUUUAGCAUUAUAUUUAUAUUUAACUUAUUAUAUUCUAAAGAGAAACAUGUGAAAAAUAAGUUCUUAUGCAUUUGUAAAACAUAAAACUAUUAAAAUAAAUAUAGUUUUUUAGGUCAUUCUUCAGGAAGCAUUACCCAAUGUAAAUAAUCUUUUUAGAUUUAAUCCUGCUUGAAGAAAACAUAGGACUUCUUACAGAGGACUACAAUGUUGUUAAAAGGAAAGCAGAGAAAGUUGCUUUAAAAUCUGGUCAAUACAUACUGAAUGGUUGGUUGUAUUCAAUCAUUUACUUUAAUUUUUUUUUUAUUGAUUAUCUUAGUCCAUUUAUUAAAAUAAAUGUGUUGGGAGGAUAAGAACUGGUGGAGACAUUUUAUGAUGCUGGGAUUUGAAUCCAGAACAUUUAGACUUAUUUAAGUUAUUGUUCUGCGUCUUAGUCAUUCAAGCUAAACUUUUAUUUAAGUCAAUAAAUAGUGAAUAGUGAAUUUGUUGGAUAUAGUUGCAUAUUUAGCAUAGCAUUAGAUUUUAUAAAUCAAUGGCUUUUUAAAUUUCCUUGAUCUAUGGAAGUUUCUAACAAAUUAUUCAAAUGACUGGACUGGUAUGUUUAUCUUUAGGUUCAUUUAAUGGAUGGCUUGAAAACUUUGAAAAAUCUGGGUUGCCCUUUAUUACUGGUAUUUCAAGUAUUCAGAGUGUAAUGACCUUGUUUGGUGAAGUGCAGGUGACUGGAGGGAAAUUGGACCAAUCUGAAGACAGUUAUACAGCAACAGCAGAUUUGGAGGCAAAUGGAAAGUGAGCCAGUAACUUAAAUUUGAAACUAAAUGAUUUUUAUUUAAUAACCUGGCUAGAAACAUAAAACAUAGUGUAACAUUGAGAAAUUAUUUUUUGUAAGAGCACCAAAUUUAUAAGAUAUAUGAUAGCUUAAAAAUAAAGUAUUUUUAGAGAUACCAUAACUAUGAAGUUUGUAUUAACAAUUCAUUAAGAAACUCUAAUUUACAGACCAAUCUCCAUAACACUGUCACGUUCAAAAUCAAAAGAGGCCAGGAGACACAAACAAACAAUAUAUGAGUUUGAUGAUGGAGAAGUUAUUGAUUCAAAUAAAUUACCUCCUCAAAAGACCUCCAAACCAGGUAUUAUGAAGCUUUAACUAACAUUUAAAAGUAGUCACUACUUAAGGUUGGCUGUUGUGCGUCUCACUUGAAAAGCUUUUAACAAUUUUGAAACAUCAUUAAAGUAAAUUAUUGAGGAUGGUAGUAGAUGUCUAUGUUGUUGGAAUCACAGUGCCUAUUGUUCUAUCCAAGUGAGACAUAUUUCUACUUUCCCUGUCUUUGAGACAUUAGAAUUAUUUAUACAAGUGAGGCAUAUUUCUCCUUCUACUGUCUUGAGAUGUUAAAAUAACAGAGCAAUUUUUGAAAAUGAUAUUUGGAUUGUUUUUAAUGAGAAUCAUUAGUGAUGGUCCAGUCUUUUUGUAUGCAAAAUGUAUAAUUGGACUAUGAGCAGAGUGAUAAAUAAAAUUUGAGGUGAGAGAGUAGUAGGUUUUUGACUCAGAUUGAGGCCGUACACUGGUGAAGUCCCCACUAUUCCAGUAUUGCAAGUGAUGAAUAAAAUUUACAAAUGAAAGAUGAAGUAUGAAUGUGUUGCAUUUAUCAGUUUUAUUGUUUAACUUAUUUAUUUAUUCGUGGAAAGAAAUAGUAAAUAAUGAUUAUAUUUUAUUUAAAGGGAAAAUUAUUUUUUAAUUCUUACAAAAAACCGAAAAUAUUUUGAUAUCAGUUGUGAUGUUAACAUUCUUAUUUUAGGGUUAUUCAUGAGAGAUAUGGAGCAAUUCUAUGAUGCAAUACUGGAAGGAAAAAUCAAAGAAGAACAGAAGAAUCUAUCUAUCAGGAGUUUGGAAAUUGCAGAGAAGAUUCACUCUUAUUUUAAUUGAAUAAUUUAAGUUUGAUCUUCACCUAAUGUUAGUGACAACCUUGUUAUGUUGAUCUCUUUUUUCAAUGAUUAAGUGAAUUAAUUGCCAUCCAGUGUUCAUAGCAGAUACCAAUUUAUAUUUGUUGAAUUUAUAAUUAAAAUCAUUGUAACAGAAAAAUACUUCAAAUAAAUUUUUUUUAAAUAAAUGAAAAAAUAAAUAAUUGAGAAGCAGUUUUAAAAAUACAAGCUGAUGACUGACAUUAUAUUGACACAAGUUGUUUUUAGUUAUAACAUGAUAACUAUAUUGUGAUUUUUUUAAAUAGUAUUUGCACUAUUACUUUGUUUCUGUUAAGUGCCUUGGGCAAUAGCCUAGUCUAGUCCUAGUAAACAUGACAUAUGCAUGUUUCUUUUUCUGUAGUAGAUCUGAUAUAUUCAUAAUCUCAUGUUUUACAUUUGUUAUUUUUCACAAUGAAGAUAUUAUUAAUUAUUUUUAACCAAACUUUAUUGAAUGUUGCAAUAAAAUAAGUGGAGUUAA